AUGUCGGCAAAGUCAGACUCUGGAAGGAGCCCCGUGCUGGCCGCAAAGGAGGAUGCAGCCACAGCCGAAGACAUCGCCGCCCCGCCCGAGGCCAUCAACAUGACCGAGGACGAGGAGCUCGGCGCCGCCAACGACAAGGACCAGAGCGACUCUGGCAAGCUCAAGACGCUCAUGGGCAUCCUCAGGCGCAUGGUCGGCGUCAAGGACAUUGCCGCCAUCCGCCUCUCGCUCCCCGCCAACCUCCUCGAGCCCACACCCAACCUCGAGUACUGGACCUACCUCGACCGCGGCGACAUCUUCACCAGCGUGGCCGACCUCGACGACCCGCUCGACCGCAUGCUCGCCGUGCUGCGCUUCCACUUCACCAUGGAGCUCAAAUUCAUCAAGGGCAAGGUGUGCAAGCCCUACAACUCGAUCCUCGGCGAGCACUUCCGCUGCCACUGGGACGUCGACCCGCUCACCGUUUCCGACGACGGCAAGCUGAUCCCCGUCCAGACGCUGGCCACCGAAAGCCCAGAGCCCAUGCCCCUUGCCAACGGAGCUGCCAGCGUCCCGACUGCCCGGUCAGAGAAGAAGGUGGAAAAGCCGGCGACACCGGCCACCGAGGCGCCAGCCCCGCCCACACCCGUCGAGGAGAAGCCGGCAGCGAGCAUGACCAAGGGCUCCGGUUCCGACUCUGGCAGCACCAAAAAGUCGAUCUCACGCUUCCUCGGUCGCGCGAAACGCGGCAACCACGACUCCAAGGACAAGGACAAGGAGAAGGAAUCGCAGGGCAACGGCGCGUUCGAGACAUCGAGCCAGACUGGGACCGCCCAGGCGUCUGUCGAGGACCUGCGCAUGGACGCCGCCUCAAUCUCUGGCGGCAGUAUCAAGACCAACCGGACCACGAGCGAGAGCGGCAAGCCGUCGAAGCGGCGUAUCAACUUCCUGACCGAGCAGGUCAGCCACCAUCCGCCGAUUUCGUCGUUCUUCUGCGAGGCCAAGGACGCCGGUGUUCAGCUCUACGGCGUCGACCAGCUCGGCGCCAAGUUCACCGGAACCAGUGUCAAGGUCUUCCCCGGCGAGCAGAACAAGGGAGUCUUUCUGCGGCUCACCGAAAAGGCACGCUGCGGUGCCGCGGGCGAAGAGUACCAGAUCACUCACCCGACGGCGCUCAUCAACGGCCUCUUGAGGGGCAGCCUGUGGGUGGCCAUCUGCGACAACCUUUACAUCACUUGCCGCAACGGCAAGCGGGGCGGUGACGACGGCAGCCGCCUGCGCACCAUUGUCGAGUACAAGGACGAGAGCUGGCUCUCAAAGGCCAAGUACGCGGUCGAGGGCUGCAUCUACGAGUGCGGCGCCAACGACGAUGCCGAAGAGUUCAAGUCGGUCAAGCAGGUGCCGUCGGACCGGGUCGUGGCGACGUUUGAGGGCAGCUGGCGCACCAAGAUCACCUACAAGCGCAAGGGCGACAAGGAGCCGAGGCUGCUGAUCAACCUCGAGGAUCUGGACCCGAUUGCCAAGACGGUGCGACCGCUGGCCGCCAUGGAGGAGCUCGAGAGCCGCAGGAUCUGGGAACCCGUCACCAGCAGCAUCCUCGCCAAGGAUUUCAACCAGGCCACCAAGAACAAGCAGGUGAUUGAACAGAGGCAACGAGACGCCGCCGCCGAGCGGAAGCGCAAGGGAGAGACCUUCGUCCCGCGCUUCUUUGACGCCGACAUCUCCGACGGCCGGCCCAAGCUGACGGCAGAGGGACAGCGGGCGCUAGACGGCGAGGAUAGACUCGAAGGCUACGAUGCCAAGGACGCCUCGGCGGCCCCGCAGUCGGCGACUGCAAACGUCGCCGACGACGACGACGACGAUGACGACGACGACGAGUUCAAGGACGCUUCCGAGAACUGA